CAAAACAUUGAGGGGCAGUCUGCAAGACUAGUGCUCCAUGGUGUGCUUUGCUAUCUUCCCCCGCAUUCUCAAUGUUUUGACUGCGGUUGGAGUGGUGUUAAAAGGUGGCUGUGUUGGUGAAUUUUGAUAUCCCUUACUGUGAUUGCGAUCGGUGUCGUGUAAACGUAACGGUAACGUGACUGCAGUGGCGUGGGGUACUCUUGAGUCUUGUGCGUAAUCCACAACCGCCUGUUGCUCAAGGUGUAGCCUGUAUAGGCUGUAGGCUGUAGGCUGUAGGCUGUAGCGUCGAGUCAGUCAGUGGUUGAAUGCUUUGCCGAUAGGAUUGCAUCCUGAUUGCUUACAAGUUACAUUACCAGACUCGAUUUACGAUAACGUGCGGGGCGAAUGCACCCAGCGGAUGAACGUGAAUGCAUGAUACACUGUGUCGGAAGUGGAGGGGUCAGUCAGAACCCGCAUAUGUAUCAUGAUGGGAAAUGAAUCCAUCGAGGACAUUAAGCCCGCCGUGGGGGAAGAUAAGCUCGCGUCGUCCUCGGUCGCGUGCGGCAUGUGUACGGGUUGCUCGACUGAUCCCCGCCUGCUCAGCUGCCUCCACAGCUUCUGCUGCGAGUGUUUAGCUAGCCUGGAUCAGGUUGUCGUCAGCGCGGCGGCCAACUGCAACAGCAGCUUCUCUGGGGAUCACAGUCACACGCCGGGGAAGAGCCGGCAGGCUGUGCUCUGCCCGACGUGCGGCACCUCCACCGAGGUUCCCAAGCUGGGAGUCGGCGCACUGCCCGUCAACUACGUCCUGCGCAACCGCAACGCGCUGCUGCGUGGUGGCACUGCGCGUCACGUCGUCGUCGUCGCGUGCUCGCUGUGCGGCGGUGAGAACGCGGUGACGUUCCGCUGCAUCGAUUGCGCGCUGGGGCUGUGCAAGCUCUGCAAGGAGGCGCACGCGCGCCAUCGCGCCACCGCCGACCACGCCGUCGUCGGCACGCUCGAUGUCCGCCUACAGGGGGCGCCACUCGCCGAUCGCGACGUCGACGCGUGCACCGACGAGUCUCCACCGGCCGCCGCCACCACCUCGCACGAAGCACACCUCAGAGGCACGCUGCCCGCCGACCCUGCCCUGGACGUGCACCACCAGGGGUCGCCGCCGGCCGGCGCGGCGCCGCGGGGCGUCCUGCACUGCGAGCGACACACCGACGAGGAGGUGGUGAUCUUCUGCGAGACGUGCGACCGGCCGGCGUGUGCGACGUGCCGCGCGCGCGACCACGCCGACCAUCGCUGCAGCAUCGCCGCCGACGUCGCCGCGCGCCACGCCAAGGUCAUCGCCAACCUGCUGCGCGCGACCCAGCCGCACGUCGACGCCGUCGGCGGCGCCCUCUCGCGUGUCGCCGCCACCAGGGCGGCGCUCGAGGGCCGGCUCGCGGACACGGCGGCGCGCGCUCACGCGUUUGUCGAUGCCCAGGUGAGGGCGCUGGAGCAGCAUCGCUCAGAGCUGCUCGCCGACGUGGAGUCGGCGCGUCGCGCGAAGGACACGCCGCUGCGGCUUCAGCAGGCCCAGCUUUCACAGCUGCUGGAGGACCUCGCACAUUCCUGCAGGGUGACGGAGGAGGCGCUGGCGGAGGCGUCGCCGGAGGAACUGCUCUCCCUGAAGCGGCCGCUCGUGAGGAGGCUGCGAGAACUCAACCGAUGCAAGUACAGGCAGGAGCCGGAGCAAAACGAUUACGUCAGUUUCUUGCCACGUGGGAAUGAAGAAGCUGCUGCUAAUUGUCUAAUGAGGGGAAGAAUCACAACGCAACGGCUGUGUCCAGCGAAAUGCAUUCUGAAGGGAGAGGGCAAUCUGAACAACGCGAGAGCAGGAGGUAAGGUGGAGCUGCUGCUGAUCUGUAUGGACGUGGAUGGGAAGCUCUAUGCCCACGGAGGUGAUGCUAUGAAGGGAGUUCUGCUCCCAAAGCAAGCCGACUCGAGUCACGGUCAAGUGAACGUGCAUGUGAACGACCGUAAAGACGGCACCUAUCAUCUGGAGUUCGCCACAGAGCACGCCGGCCAAUACAGUCUGCUCCUCACGAUCGACCAGUACCACAUUCAGGGCAGUCCGUUCGGGGUAAUUGUGAAGCCAAAACAGGUCAAGCAUACGGGUUUAUGGCACUGUUGUACCUUCUGUUCGAGUGGAGGGCGCAAGGAAGCUACGUGUGCCUGUUUGGGGAGCAUGCCUGGUGGAUACCGAGGCUGUGGUCAUGGGCAUCCAGGCCACCCUGGAAGAAAGCACUGGUCAUGCUGUGGAAAAACAAGUGAACACUCCUCGUGCACGCGACACAAGCUUCAUGGCCUCCAUAAGGCAAUGCCCCAUCUUAGUCCCACGUCCGUGUAUCGGCAAGUGACUGUCUAAGAUUCGUCGCCGGAACUUUAAUCUUUGUCGAUUUUUCAGAUUCAAUAGGACUGUUCAGCCAAUUUCGGUUGUUAUAGGCCACACAUGCUUGCUUGUUUGUGGAAACUGCUCACUUUUAAUAUCACUGUAGCACUAUUUUCUGCUAGUUGAUUAUGUCUACUAUACCUGAAUCAUGCAGCCAAAUAACUUUUGCCAAACUACCAAUUAACCCACCCAAUCCUGGUUUGGGUUACUGCAAACAAGAGAAUAUUUAAGUGUGGCCUUUUAGUUAAUCAUAUCGCUUCCACAUACGGAACGACUGAUAACUUUCUGUGAUAUUGCUGCCGCCAGUCUUCCUUUAGUGCCUUAAUUUCACUUCAUAGGAGUAUAGUUUGAAUGCUUUCACAUUCGUUGUUGUUAUCAAAAAUAUCCGAGAGUUGCUACCAGCAUAGAAAAUCAGGUUUUGGAUCUGUAUAAUUGCAUCUUGACGACCGUUUUUGCUAUCGUAGCUAGAAAAUGCAACAAGCUAUAUUUUCUAGUGAAACUUACUUGUCGUAGAUGGCAGAUUCAUGGAUGAAAUCGUGUCUUUAACACCUGUUUAUUCGUAGAUCUAGUGUCAGCCAUAGAUACCAGGUAAUAUACAGUGUAUUUAGCAUAUACAUCAGCCGUUCUGAAAUGCGCAUGUGCUCGCGCGCGUUUAGAGAGAGAGAGAGAGAGCGAGAGAGACAGCGGCAAUAUUUAAGAUACGAAAAAA